AUGGUCUCGGCCAAAGAAGUGGCAUACUACCUCACACACGUCUCCGAGCUCCGAUCAAUAAUACAGUGGAAGACAUGGCACAAUCCCGUGCACGAACGCGAUGAGGAGAAAGCGACAGAAGACGAGAAGCAAUGCUUCAAGUACCUCCACCUCACAUCCCGAUCCUUCGCAGCCGUCAUCCUCGAACUACAUCCUGAGCUCCUCAUGCCCAUGACCAUCUUCUACUUGAUAUUGCGAGGUCUGGACACGAUAGAGGAUGACAUGACCAUCCCGAUUGAGCGAAAGGAACCAUUACUGAGAGACUUCGACCAACAUCUUAGCGAUGAGAAAUGGACUUUUGACGGUAAUGGUCCGAAUGAGAAGGACAGAGCACUACUAGUUGGCUUCGACGCAGUAGGCAGAGAGUUCAACAAGAUCAAACCGGCAUACAAGAAGAUAAUAUCAGAUAUCUGCAAGCGCAUGGGUGACGGCAUGGCAGACUACGCCAAGAACUACGAUGAACAAGCUAAUGGCGUGCAAACAAUAAAAGACUACGAGCUCUACUGCCAUUACGUGGCGGGUCUCGUCGGCGAAGGCUGCACGCGAUUGUUUGUGGAGGCCAAACUGGCCAACCCGAUCCUGUUGCAAAAACCAGAGCUCAUGGAAUCAAUGGGUCAGUUCCUACAGCAAACAAACAUCAUCCGCGACAUCCGAGAAGACUUCGACGACAAACGCUUCUUCUGGCCCAAAGAAGUGUGGUCGAAAUAUGUUACCAAAUUCAGCGAUCUCUUCCUUCCCGAGAAUCGCGAAAAGGCUCUCCACUGCCAAAGCGAAAUGGUGCUCAUCGCGCUCCGACGAGCCGACGAGUGCCUUUUCUACAUGGCCGGCGUGAAAGAACAAUCCGUCUUCAACUUCGUCGCCAUCCCCCAGGCCAUGGCUAUAGCGACCCAAGAACUCUGUUUCCGGAAUUAUACCAUGUUCGAGCGCAAUAUCAAAAUCACCAAGGGCCAAGCCUGCGGCCUGAUGAUGGAAUCGACUCAGAACCUCCAAACCCUCUGCGAAGUGUUCCGAAGAUACGCACGGAAGAUUCAUAAGAAGAAUUCACCUAGCGAUCCGCACUUCCUGGAGAUCUCGAUAGCGUGUGGGAAGAUCGAGAGAUGGAUUGAGAGUGUUUUUCCGACGCAGACGGCGCGGACGUUGCAAGCGGGUGCUAUUGCGAAGGGAGCGGAUGGGAAGGCGUUGACGCCGGAGCAGGAGGCGAAGAAGAAGCAUGACGAUGCCGAGGCGAAGAAGGAUGUUAUGAUGAUUAUGAUUGCGGUUUUUGCGACAUUGGCUUUUAUUUCGUUGUUGAUGGUUGGUGCUGCGUGGCUUGCUGGUGCGCGCUUCGAUCUUGCUUUCUCGUCGCUGAAGAGCGGUAAUAUUGUGCCGCCGAAGGAUGCGCAAGAGGCGGCUAGUCUUGCCAGCUCGUUUGCGAAGCCGUCUGGGCAUGGUGAGUUAUGA